UGGGCCCGCCCCCGCCGCCAUCUUGGUCCAGGAGGGAGCUUGUCGCACGCGUGAGUAAACUGCCCGAGUCGCCAAAGUCAGGCUUUGGCAGCCUGCAAGUGCAGCGGCGCAGUGGCGGAGAGGACGCUGUCCUGAACAUUGGUGGCCGACAUGACGGCCCCAGGUCCGAGCCCUCUCGCGCCGCUGUUGGAGACACUGGAAGACUCUUCCGCCUCCCUGGGCGAGCAGACGGAUGCCUACCUAACUUUGACCAGUCGGAUGACUGGAGAAGAAGGAAAAGAAGUCAUCAUAGAAAUUGAGAAAAAUCUUCCUCGGCUGUACAAAGUUUUAAAGAGUCAUAUUUCCAGUCAAAACUCAGAACUGUGUAGUGCUGCUCUACAGGCCUUGGGGUUUUGCUUAUAUAAUCCCAAAAUUACUUCAGGAUUAUCAGAGGCAAAUAUUCAAGAAUUGCUUUCAAAAUUGAAUAAUAUUGUUAAGAAUUCAGACAAAAAUGUAUGCACCAGGGCACUUUGGGUAAUAUCCAAACAGACGUUCCCCGCUGAAGUUGUUGGAAAAGUGGUAUCCAGUAUAAUUGACUCAUUAGAAAUAAUAUUUAAUAAAGGAGAGAUACAUUCUGCCGUUGUUGAUUUUGAAGCAUUAAAUGUUAUCAUAAGGCUAAUUGAACAAGCUCCAGUUCAAAUGGGAGAAGAGUCAGUGAGGUGGGCAAAAUUGGUCAUACCUUUAGUGGCUCAUUCAGCACAAAAGGUUCAUUUGAGGGGAGCCACUGCUCUGGAGAUGGGAAUGCCAUUGUUGCUUCAGAAACAACAAGAAAUAGCAUCUAUUACAGAGCAGCUUAUGACUACUAAAUUAAUUUCAGAACUCCAAAAGCUAUUUAUGAGUAAAAAUGAGACCUACGUGUUAAAAUUAUGGCCUUUGUUUGUCAAACUUCUUGGAAAGACUUUGCAUCGAAGUGGAAGUUUCAUCAAUUCUUUGUUACAUUUGGAGGAACUGGGAUUUCGUAGCGGAACACCCAUGAUUAAAAAAAUAGCUUUUAUUGCAUGGAAGAGCUUAAUAGAUAAUUUUGCCUUAAAUCCAGAUAUUCUGUGUAGUGCAAAAAGACUCAAGUUGUUAAUGCAGCCUUUGAGUUCCAUCCAUGUGAGAACAGAAACUCUAGCAUUAACAAAGCUAGAAGUCUGGUGGUAUUUACUGAUGAGACUUGGACCUCAUCUCCCUGCAAAUUUUGAACAGGUUUGUGUUCCUCUGAUUCAGAGUACAAUUAGCACUGAUUCUUGUGUCUUACCUCAAGGCAAUUCAUCUCGUAUAGCUACUUCUCCAGGUUUAAGUCCUAUGACUCCUGUACACAAAGGUGCUUCCCCCUAUGGAGUUCCUGGAACUCCACGCAUGAACACGAGUUCAAAUUUAGGUGGAAUGGCCACAAUCCCUUCCAUUCAACUUUUGGGACUUGAAAUGUUGCUUCAUUUUUUGAUGGGUCCAGAAGUAUUGAGUUUUGCUAAGCAGCACAAACUUGUGUUGAGCUUAGAGCCACUUGAACAUCCAUUAAUCAGCAGCCCUUCAUUUUUUUCCAAGCACGCACAUACACUUAUUACUGCUGUACAUGAUAGCUUUCUUGCAGUUGGAAAGGAUGCUUCUGAUGCAGUUGUCAGUGCUGUCUGGAAGGAGCUAAUUAGCUUGGUGAAAUCAGUUACUGAAUCAGGUAACAGAAAAGAAAGAUCAGGGUCUGAAGUUCUGACCCUCCUACUAAAAUCUUUGGAAAGUAUAGUAAAGUCAGAAGUAUAUCCUGUGUCAAAAACAUUGGUCCUCAUGGAAAUUACAAUUCAAGGACUUCCUCAGAAAGUAUUAGGUUCACCAGCAUAUCAGGUUGCUAAUAUGGAUAUUCUUAAUGGAACUCCAGCUUUGUUCUUAAUUCAGUUAAUUUUCAACAAUAAUCUCCUGGAAUAUGUAGCAGAUGAAAGGUUUUUUCUCAAUCUUGAAACACUUGUAGGUUAUGUGCUUUCUGGUCCAACUUCACCAUUAGCUUUUAGUGAGUCAGUAUUAAAUGUUAUUAAUCAAAAUGCAAAGGAAUUGGAAAACAAGGAGCAUCUCUGGAGAAUGUGGAGUAUUAUAGUCACGCCAUUAACUGAAAUGAUUAAUCAGACCAAUGAAGUGAAUCAAGGUGAUGCAUUAGAACAUAAUUUUAGUGCCAUCUAUGGUGCACUUACUUUGCCAAUCAACCAUAUUUUUUCAAUACAGAAAUUUCCUCUGGCUACCAUGAAGACUUUACUUAGAAGUUGGUCAGAAUUAUAUAGAGCAUUUGCUCGCUGUGCUGCAUUGGUGGCAACAGCAGAAGAGAAUUUGUGCUGUGAAGAACUUUCUUCCAAGAUAAUGUCCAGUUUGGAAGAUGAAUCUCUUUCAAAUUUGUUGUACUUGGACAGGAUUGUUCAUAUUAUUACUGUAAUGGUUGAUUGCAUCGAUUUUUCACCAUAUAAUAUUAAAUAUCAGCCCAACGUUAAAUCACCACAGAGAUCUUCAGAUUGGUCCAAAAAGAAGAAGGAGCCCCUAGGGAAAUUGGCUUCUUUAUUUAAACUUAUUGUGAAAGUGAUCUAUUCUUUCCACACUCUGAGCUUCAAAGAAGUAUAUUCUGAUACUCUACUUGCUAUUGGCACCUCGAUCACCAACAUGCUUUCCAAUGUUUUUGGACAUAUUUCUCUGCCAUCUAUGAUCCGAGAAAUAUUUGCAACUUUAACAAGACCCCUGGCAUUAUUUUAUGAAAACUCAAAGCUUGAUGAAGUUCCAAAAGUGUACAGUAGUCUGAACAACAAGUUAGAAAAGCUCUUAGGAGAAAUUACUACUUGUCUACAGUAUAGCUACACUGGAAUUUAUGACAGUGAACUUCUUGAACAGCUUUCUCCACUGCUCUGUAUAAUAUUUUUGCACAAGAAUAAACAGAUUCGAAAACAAAGUGCUCAGUUCUGGAAUGCCACAUUUGCUAAAGUGACGAUGUUGACUUACCCUGAGGAAUUAAAACCAGUACUAAGACAAGCCAAACAGACACUUUUACUUCUCUUGCCUGGUUUGGAAAGUGUUGAAAUCAUGGAGGAAUCCAGUGGACCAUAUUCAGAAGUAAUGGAAAACUCACAAUUAAAUGUGAAGAUAAGUGGUAUGGAAAGAAAAUCAAGUGGAAAAAGAGAUUCCUUUUUGACACAAACAAAGGAUAAGAAAGAAAAUGUGAAACCAUCAGUCAAACUAAAAUUACAAUCUUCAUCUCCAAAAGUAAAGACUGAAAUGCUGUUGGAAGAGGAAAAGUCAGAAGAUUUUGUGUUUAUUCCUCCAGAAGAAAAAGAAGCAAAGGAAAGAGUAUUAACUGAACAUCAAAAAGAAGUACUCAAAACAAAACGGUGUGAUAUUCCUGCCAUGUAUAAUAAUCUGGAUGUUUCACAAGAUACCUUAUUUUCUAGUCAUUAUAGUCAGGAAGAGUCUGUGGAAACACCUAAUUCAAGUGAAAAACCAAUGGAAGAUUCUGAGAUGAUAAUUAAGGAAAAGCAAAUGCAGCAUGACAGUGUUAUUCCUCAAGAUACCAAGGAAAACUGUGGUAUGAAUGAACAUCUUGAAAAGGCUUCUGUUUCAAAUAAUGGAUGUAGUUCUGUUGAGGAAACCAAUCCAGAAGUAUUAAUGACCAGUAGUAAUGAUGUCAGAAAAAUCACCUUAACUUCAUCAAAGAAAGCUUCAGCUGAAUGUAUACCUAAUGCAGAAAGUUCAUUUGUUGUCAACAGCUCAGUUUCUAAUUCCUCUAUUUCUGGAACUCCCCCACAGCCUACAAGUCGAAGGCAAACCUUUAUUACGUUAGAAAAGUUUGAUGGUUCAGAAAAUAGACCUUUCAGCCCGUCCCCCUUAAAUAGUAUAUCAUCAGUUGUUACAGUGAAAAAUAACCAGGAAAACAUGACUAAAACAGAUACUACUUUAAAAACAAAGAAAAGAGAAGUGACUCGAUCAAAAUCUGAUUCAGAGAAAGUGGUGAAUGGAGUUAAGAGAUCAAGCCGGAGAUCUAGUAAAGCUGAGCAGUCUGGGAAUAAAAAGUCUAAGCCCUUAAUGAAAUCUGAAGAAGAGAAAAAUACUCUGGAAUCUACCGAAGACAUGAUAGCCUUAGAAAAUAACCCACCUAAUUUGCUUAAUCAAACAGAAUGUGUGCAGAAUAAUCAGGAUCAUCUUUCUGAAUCUACAGUGGAGUAUGAAGACACAAAGCCUAAAUCAACAAUAGAAAAUGAUGUAGUGUUGGAAAAUAAUAGUGUGGAAGAGAAAAAUGGAGAGGUUAAUUUGGAAUCCAAAGAAAAUACACCCCCAGUCAUAAUACCAGCAGAUCAAAUGAUAAAUGAAGAGAAUCAGGUUCAGAUAACUUCAAACCAAAAAACCCUUAGACGAUCUUCAAGGCGACGUUCAGAAAUAAUAGAGUCAACCACUGAUAGCCAAGAUAAAGAAAAUAGUCACCAAAAAAAGGAAAGACGUAAGGAAGAAGAAAAAUCUCUUCAAAAGAGUCCAUUGCAUGUAAAAGAUGAUGUGUUACCUAGGCAAAAACUGACUUCUGAACAUGCAGUACAGGAAAAUUUAGUUGAGAAAGGAAAUAAUUUACAUGAGAAAACUUUGGGGGAAACCAGUGCUAAUGCUGAAAUUGACCAAAAUAAAAGAAAACCAGACCUUGAGAAUAUUAGUUCUGAAGCAGAUGGUGCCCAGGACAUUGCUGAUAAGUCCUCUGAGAAACCUUUAAGGGGACGAACGCGUUAUCAAACAAGAAGAGCAUCUCAGGGUUUGCUUUUCAGCAUUGAGAACUCAGAAUCUGAUAGUUCUGAGGCAAAAGAAGAAGGAUCAAGGAAGAAGAGAUCUGGAAAGUGGAAAAACAAAAGUAAUGAUAGUGUUGACAUGGAAGAACAAGAAGAAAAAAUGGUACAAGAGUGUAUAAAAGUUGAAAAUCAGACACCUGAGUCUAAAGCAAUUUCUGAAGUAGAUAUGAAAUCUCAGAUUUGUGAAACAGGUGAAAGUACUGUGAUAGUACCUCAGGAAUCUAAAAUAUCUUCAGAUUUGCUGCAAGUUUCUGAUGAUGUACCAAAUACACAUGAAGGAAAAAGUAAGACUAGCAAAUGCACAGAAAAUUCCUUUACAUGGCCACCUGUGCCAGAAUCAAAUCUAAGGACUAGAAAUGCCAAUAAAAGGUUACAUAAGGGAGAUUCUGAUAGUGUGGGAGAGUGUUCAAAGGUGGGGUCAUCAAGCAUUGCUCUGCUUUCUGAAAAAAGUGUUCAAAUUGUUGAAUGCCAGCACAAGAGAAGUAGGAGGGUCAGGCGAUCUAAAGGUUGUGACUGCUGUAGGGAAAAAUCACAGCCCCAGGAAAAUUCAUUUAUUGGGUUAAGGAACAUAGAAAAUGAUGAUGAAAAGAAUAGUGAAACAAAAGCAGAUGUGCAGACACUUGGAACUGUAUCAAAAACUUGUGAUGCUAAUCUGCAUUCUGAAGUAAAAAUUUUAGAUGAACAUCCCAGUGUGAAUUUUGAUUUGGGUCUCAAGGAGGAGAAUGAUACUAUAAAUGAUUUAGUAAUUGUACCUGCAACUGAAUUGAAAGAAAAUACUAUUGAAAAAUCUGUUCCUGAAAUAGUAAAUUUUAAGGAGGGCACUUGUGAUAUGGAUUCUGGUGUGGCAACAUGUCUUGAAAAUGAGGAGCCAUCUAAUAUAUUAAAAGUUGUGGGCCCAUGUGCAUGUGAUUCCAUGGACAUUUCACAGAAAUGUUCUCCUUUGGACACUAAAAAAAGGAAACAAGAGUUUUCUCCAGAAGAAGUUAACAUUGUUAAUGUUGAAGGAAAUGCAUGUAGAGCAACAGUGGGAUCAAAUCUGGAAGAAGUAGAAGCUAUGGAAUUGGAUAUAAAAAGUGAUAAAUCUGAAACUAGCUUAGAAAAAGAUAAAUCUGAAGCUAACUUGGUUGAGAAAAAGAGUGCCAAAAUAGAUAUUUCUGAAGAAAUGGUAGCAGAGGGAAAUACUAAAAGUGGUAUACCUGAAGCAGAUAAAGUUGAAGAAGUCAAUGCUGAAGAAUUGAAUGCUGAAGCAGCUGCAGCACAGGAAUAUAACUCAGGUACUGGUCUUUCUGAUAAUACCACACCUAUAAAUGUGAAUCCUCAGACGGAGAUUUCUGAACAAAAAGCAAACGGGAAAUUGGGUGGAGGAAGUAAUGAAUCUGAUCUAGGCUCACUUGAAGAAAUCAAUUCUGAAAUUGAAAAUUAUGAAAAAACAGUGACUGAGCAGGUGAAUUCUGAAACUGACAGUGUCGAGGAAACAAAGGACAGGGACAGGACUACUAAAACCUCUAAGCCAGAAGAAGCUCAAACAGAAAGAUUGAAUGUAGAAACUGACAACUUUAUUCCUGACACACUUGAAAUGAACACUGAAGAAGGAAAGAUUGAAUGUAAUAAAACUGAAACUAAUAUUGAACUUAAUAAAUCUGAAGAAAUGAAAUUAGAUGACAAUCAAGUGGUAGUAGGAAAUGAUACUUUACAGGAAGUUCAUCAUACUUCAGAGACAAUGGAGGAAACAUUACAGUCUUCGUCAUCUGAAACAGCUAUCUCUGAACUGGUAACAGAAGAUAACAAUGCGUCUCCUCAAAAAUUAAGGGAGCUUGAUCCUUUACUUUUGUCUGCAAACGACAGUCCUAGUGGUAUGCAAACACGAUGUGUCUGGUCCCCAUUGGCUUCUCCAUCUACCAGCAUUUUAAAGAGAGGACUGAAAAGACCCCAAGAAGAUGAGAUCUCCUCACCUGUUAAUAAGGUUCGACGUGUCUCAUUUGCAGAUCCAAUAUACCAGGCAGGAUUGGCAGAUGACAUUGAUAGGCGAUGUUCCAUUGUUAGGUCCCAUUCUUCAAGUAGUUCUCCCAUAAUGAAAAAUGUUAAAACAUCACCUACUGCACAAUCUAAGCAUAAUACCACUUCAGCUAAAGGAUUUCUGUCCCCAGGAUCACGUAGCUCUAAAUUUAAGAGCUCAAAGAAGUGUUUAAUAACAGAAAUGGCCAAAGAAUCCAUUCCUUGCCCAACAGAAAGUGUUUACCCAGCUUUGGUGAACUGUGCAGCACCAGUUGACAUUAUUUUGCCUCAGAUAACAUCAAAUAUGUGGGCAAGAGGCCUAGGACAACUUAUCAGAGCCAAGAAUAUAAAAACAAUUGGCGAUCUGAGUUCUCUUACAGCAUCUGAAAUAAAAACUCUUCCUAUCCGGUCUCCCAAAGUUUCUAAUGUAAAAAAGGCUCUUAGAGUGUAUCAUGAACAGCAGGUAAAAUCUCGUGGAUUAGAAGAGAUUCCAAUUUUUGAUAUUACUGAAAAAGCAGUAAAUGGAAUAGAAAAUAAGUCUCUCUCAACUGAUGAAGAACGACUUGCCUCAGAUUUACUUGAUCCUGUUCCCUUUGAAACUCCAUUAUCUAAAAAUCUUGUUGCACAGAUUAGUGCUCUUGCUCUUCAACUGGAUGCAGAAGAUCUCCACAGUUAUUCAGGAAGCCAGCUAUUUGAAAUGCAUGAGAAACUUGGUACUAUGGCAAACUCUAUAAUAAAAAAUCUACAGUCACGAUGGAGAUCAACAGCCCAUGAAAAUUCCAUUUAGUGUUUUAAGAGAAAUUGAAUUUUUUAAAACAUCCCCAGAUUACUUGAUUGGUAUAUUUCAGACUUGUUUUAUCAAUCAGUUUAAAAGGGGAGACCUCAAGGUUGAUAACAUUUCAAACCUGUGAAGGGCAGUGACUUAAUAAGUUCAGUUUUGUAAGAUCAUUAAGUAAGAUCUUUUUUCCCCAUUGUUUCUUGGCUGCUAUAGUUUUUCAAGAAAUGUUAAAUACCUUAUUUAGAUUUGAAAGCAAAAGCAGAAACAAGCAUUCAUUUUAUUUCAUAUUUUUGAACUCCAUGCAUAUUUUGGUUAAACAUGUAAUGCAAAAUACUUCAAUGUUGAAAAUUUUUAUUUGAUUUUUGCUAAACUGAUAAAGGCAUUUUAGUUUGUUUGUUUGUUUAAUUGUUCAUAUAUAUAUUGUGCCUGAGGUACAGGAAAUUUGUUUUUUGUAAAGGCCUCAAAUGGGAUGUAAAAAAACUGGGACUUUUUCCCCACAGAUGUCACCUUUGGACAAUUUCGGGAAAAAUACCAAAAGUUUUAAUUUCUUGAGGUAGAAAUAUUAUUGUAGAAUUUCUCAGAUUCCCUUCAUUUGCAUUAGCAAGUAUUUGUGCAGCUUCCUGUGAAAAUUUAUUAGACAUAGUAUUCCUUUCUAAAUGCAUGACUGUUUGUACAUUAUUUGUAGAUGACUUUAAUUUAUAAAUUUCAGCCUUCAUUAAUUGCAUGAAUUUUUCUGCAGCUUCUUGUGAAUACCUUGGUUUUCCUUACUAGAAACAUUUUGUAUGUAUUUAAUAUUGAAAUAUCUGUGUGGACAGAAGAAGUGCUUCAUGUGCUUGCUGCAGAUAUUUGUAGACUUAUGUAUCUGCAUAUAAAACAACAAUUAGUUUUAUAUUUAAUUAAUAGUUAAAACAUGAGCUCAGCCAGGCCCAAUGGCACACACCUGUAAUCCCAAUGACUUCAGAGGCUUAGACAGAAGGGUUACAAGUUUAAAGUCAGCCUGGCCAACUUAGUGAGACCCUGUCUCAAAAUAAUACAAUAAAGAAUGGCUGGGGGUGCAGCUCAGUGGUAGAGGGCUUGCCUAGCAUGCACAGGUACUGGGUUCAAUCCCCAGUACCACUUUUUUAAAAAAAUAUAUAUAUUUUCUAAAGUAUUCUAAAUGAGAAAAUGUUACACGAUAGCUUUGAAAUUCAUGCCCUUAGCUUUUUUUUUUUUUUUUUCUUUUUUCUUUUGGUUUGGAAGUGAAUACCAGCCACUAGAAAGCGUGCCUCAUUACAUUUCUUCUUAAUGGAGAGUUAGAAUGAAUAUUUUCAUUGCAAGUUGGACUAUAAGAAGUCUAGAGAUUAUCUGCUUUAUUCAUCUUUAACUAAAAUUAAACUUGGAAGAAAUUUGAAACUGUUUUUAUACGUGUAUCUUUUGCCUAUUUUUUAUAAAGGGGGUGUGUAUAAUUAUUUGUAAAUUUUUACCAACUAGUGUUAGCACCUGACUUCCCAUAUUUGUUUUGUCUUUUAAUUGAGCAUGUACCUCACUUACUCUCAAUAUAUCAGUGAGUUUCACACUUGAUUCAGAACCUAAUCCCUACUUGAAAAGGCAUGUUUCUGCAGUAAGUCAUAGAAAGUUUAAUUCUUGCAUCUAAUUUACGUAAGGUCUCCUUUUUUCAACAGGGAACUUCAUCCAACUUCUAUGAAAGUUUUUUUUUCUAUAAUCAUAAAUAUAGAUAUUUUUGGAUCUAAAUAUGAUAUAUACACCAGCGAUGGUUUUACAAAGAAAUUCUUUUGAUUUUUGAACUAAGGUUUGUAGCUUAGAGAAAACUAAGGGAAAAAAAUACAUGAGUUUUUAGUGAAAAGUGGUGAAUAAAAAGGUGUGUGUGUAUGUUUGGGGUAAGUGUUAACAGUAGACAUAGACAUGAGUCAAAAUUAGCUCAUUUUAUGACUGCAUAUCUUAACAUUUGAAUGAACUAAAUUAAUUUGUUGGUGGAAUGAAGUCCUUAGGAAGCUGAAUAGUAAAGCAGAAAAUAUAACCAAAAUGAUUACCAUUUAUUAAAUUAUUGGAUUUGAUAGAAGCACAGGUAUUAGUUAAAACAAAUUAUGGUUCAGUGAUAUGUUUAAAAAUACUAUUUUGAGGGAAAAGGCCAGCUUGUUAUGUAUCUUUUUUCUUGGUAUGGUUAUAAGCAUACAUUUUAAUCACCUUUCAGUAUUCUUGCCUGAAAACUUUCUGCUGAUUUUCCCCGAAUGAUUCCUGAAAUUGCCCAAAAGAAAGAAAGAAAAAGAAAAAAAUUUUUGAUCAGCUCUGAUGUUUUGUUCCAUUAUUAAAAUGAAGUUUGUUUUUCAUCUCUUUUCUAAUGUUUAAAUAAAACAAUGGCAGAUAUUGAUAACACUCAAAUGUGGUUUCUUAAUUUUUUAUGGUUUUAAGGAUGAAUUUAGUGGCAAUUAGAAUUAUAGUAUAAUUUUUUUCAUAAAUGUUAAAUCUGUUUGGUGAAAAUUCAAGUGGUACUAUGGAAUCCAUUCAUUUUGAGUCCAUUGCUAAAAGUUCUUUGCUGUUUCAAUAGGUUUGAAAACCGUUGAUAAGGUGGGACUGUAGCUCAGUGGUAAAGGACUUCCCUAGUGUGCCUGAGGCCCUGGGUUCAAUCCUAGCCCAGUAAAAACAAAAUGCUAAAGAAUGUGAAGCUCUAUUAUUAAUUCUAAACAAUGUAGGUUAAAUCAAAGUUAAUGCUUCAUCAGUAAUACAGUCAAAAAUAUGAUUGAAAUUUUAACUUCAAAAGUUUAAUAAUUCUAACAUUGCCCAUUGUUCAUUCUUCCUGUAGAGUUUGAAGGUGGUCAGAUUCUGUUACAUGUUUAAGCAUUGUAAAAACGUGAAUAAGUGGGAAAAUCAGAACUGGGUAAAAUAGUACAAAUCUGAAUAUGUAAGUGAGGCCGUGUUUUUUGUUGUUAUUUCUUUAGGUAAAGGAAUAAGAAUAAUUUUUAAAAAGUGCUGUUUUUAAUGCUUUCUUACAGAGUUAAAAUUUUCUCCUAAAGCCAUUCCUUGCAACAUUGACUUCAUCUUACUCUUCAUAACUGAUUUGCAGAGGUAGUUUGUUAGCUAAGCUAGGAGGUUGUAAAACAGCAGUUAUUGGCAUUAUUAGGGUUAGACUUGUAUGGUGGCAUGCAGUUCUGGGUUGUAGUUUAUUUGCUUGUUACCACAGCCCAUGUCCAUUUGAAAACUCUUAUUCUCUCUGUAUACAAACAUUAGACUGAAGUUUUGAUUUUAAACAGUGCUUCUCAAUCUAGGAGGUGUGUGUAAAAAUGUGGAUUCAAAUUCUGAAGGUCUUGAGAUGGGGCCUGAGAGUCUGCAUUUCUAUCAGACUUCUAGGGGAUUCAUAUAGGUAUUAAUAUCAAUGGACUGUUCUAACAGUAGAUGGGUGUGUGUGUAUGUGCUCAAUUAAAAGACAAAACAAAUAUGGGAAGUCAGGUGCUAACACUAGUUGGUCAUAUAAGUCUAAGAGGUUUUAGACUGUCCAGAAGAUUUUGCUAACCCAAGCAGAUUUAAGUCCUUAGGAGUAUUGCCACAAAACAUAAAAGCUAGACCUUCAUAACUUUUCCAAGUCUAUAAAUUGAGGAUGCAGACUACAAAUUAAAUUGUGAUUUUUUUUUUUUUUUUAAAGAAAGUUAAGGGUAGAAUUUUUCCUCUUCGGGAGUCUUUUUAAAAAUAUGAAUUAUUUUUAAAAAUAAAUUCACAAAAGACUUAAAGAUUUAUCUUUAUAGAAUCUUCUUAGGUAUAAGAUUAGACACAGUGCUUUCUCAAGUGGCUUAUGUUCUCAUUUUGGGAGUGUUAAUAUUAAUGUAGAUUUUCAAAUACUAGAAAUACAUUCACUCCCUAAGCCUUGCUGUGUGUAUUAUGACUCUUCAUUAUUAAUAAGCCUUGAAGACAGACACUAUGCCUAAGACUCAUUUAGUAAUUAAGUUAGUAAUUCUAUGACGAAGUCAUAUUUGACAGCCAGACCUUGUCAUUUUUCUGAGUAUCUCUGGUGACUUAAUUUGCUGGGAGAUUUUGUGGUUGGGAAUUCCUAUUUCAUUAUAAUGUGAAGUUUGAAAGAUAAGAGUUGAACAGUUUGAUCCUCUAAAAGUGACUUUCUUAGAAUUCUGUUUAGGUAACAGAUUUUUUUUACAGAUUUAAAUUACCUGUGUGUAAGAACUUACUUCAUUCAGUGUGCUUCAGAAAAUGCAGACAAAAGUUAAGUAAUGGGUAUCUUUAAUUGGUUUAUCAAGAUUUAUUGAUUGCUUUUUUUCGGGGGGUUGAUGGCUGAGUUAAUGGUAGGUCUGUUAAUGUGCCUGACUUUACAUUUUGCCUUUUGGAUGUAUUCAUUAAAAUCUGAGUUCUUCAGGUUUGAGGGUGUGUAGAUAUUAGUCUUGCAGAAUUAUAAAAUUUCAUUCAGUCAUUCAAUGUUUGGAACAUAUGUUGAAUUAUAUAAUAGGAUCUUAACCAUUUUCUCCUUUAUACAGUAAGCUUUGUUCUCUUCAAAUAGCACUUAAAGUCCAGACAUGAUGGGCUAAGCUGUUAAACCCCUGGGGAAAACAAAUACUAUAAGGAUAAAAGACAACCGCUUCACUUCACUGAGACUGUAAAUUUCUUGUGUGUGUAUGUGUGUGCGUGCAGAUUUUUUGAAGGCAAUAUUUUUUUUAAUAUAUUUUUUGUUUUCGUUUUAGUUGGACACAAUGUCUUUUUUUUUUUUUAAUGUGAUGCUGAGGAUCAAACCCAGUACCCCAUGUGUGCUAGGUGAGCACUCUACCACUUGAGCCACAACCCCAGCCCUUUGAAGGCAGUAUUUUUAAUUGUUUAUACCAAAAAGAAGAAAAAGGCCUGUGUAAACUUAUUCUCUUCCUAUAGCAGGAAGCGCUUGCCUAGCACACAUGAGGCCCUGGUUGUGAUUCCCCAGUGUCACACACGUGAAUUUGAAGAAGAGUAUCAUGAGCUGAAAAUAGAAUGUAGUGUAGUAACUUUUUAUACAUAAUUGAGUAAAAGUUUCUGAGGCAUCUUAUUUUUAUAGAAUAUUUUUCUAAGAGAAAAUGGAAUUAAGAGAAUUGGUUACAAAUACAGAAACUGAAGGAUGGCAGUCUUUAUACUAAGUUUUUAUAGAGCAGGAAUUAGCAGACUACAAGCUGCCACCUAUGUUUUGGACUGCCAUUGAGCUACAACUGGUUGUUACAAUUUUUUUGUUUGAUUGGAAGUCGUUGAAAGAAUAUUUUGAAAAUGUAAUUUUAGUGUUAUAAAGUUUAUUGAAACACAGUCAUGCUUACUAAUGUACUGUCUUCCUAUAAAAUGGUAGAAUUGAGUAGUCUGUCAGACCUAUGUCUCCUAAAAUCACUGGCCCUUUGUCAUUCUAUGUUAUGGAGGAUAAUUUUGUUUGUAUGUGGUAUGUGAUCAGUUUGGUUAUUUGUAUCCUCGCUUACAUUUUGGGGUCUGGACUCCUCUGUUUCACACAUUAGGUUUCAUUUACAAAGUGGAUUCCCCUGAUACAAUUUUGUCUUUGAGUUACUCAAAAUCACAUUUACAAAGAGGUACCAGUGCUUUUUAAAGAAUUACCCACUUUUUUUUUCUUUUUGCAGUGUGGGGAAUUGAACCCCGGGCCUUACCCAUGCUAGGCAGGUGCUCUACCACUGAACCAAAUCCCUAGCCCAUGUUUUCCUCAGACGUUAAAAGUAUAGUGAGAUGUUUGCCAUAGUAUUCAGGGAUUUUGGUGUCUGAGGGAAACAGAACCUGGCACUGAUACAUUAAACCACACCUGUGAAAUAAAUUAUGGCACAGGACUUUGCUUUCUGUGUUGGUGAAUUGAUUUAUUUCAGUCUAUUUUAAUACUACCUCCUCGGAUAUCCCUUUUAUGCAUUUAGAUUGAUAUGAACGAAUUCAGUCCUUUAUUAACGCUAUUUUUGUCACUGUCAGUAAACUCUUGAGUGUUUACAUAAGCAUUUCAGAUUUAAUAGGAGUACUUGUUAAUUCCUUCAUUAAUUGCACUAGUAGAUGAAAAAUAGAGUGCAGCCAGAUUUGAUUAUGUAAUGCUCAUAAAAUGUUCAAAGCAGCUAGAUCUAAACUUACAAAGUAAGUGUUUCUGCUUGAUAUGACUGUAUUGAGGGAGGGAGAAUUUAUUUGAUCCACAAUAAAACCUUUCGUGAAUCAUUGAGAGUUAAUUGAUGUUAUUUGCCAAAUGAAACUGGUUAUUGAAACAUUUUAAGAAAUGCACUUUCUCAUAAAAUAAACCUAUAACAACUAAA